AUGGCCUCAAAAUCUGUCUGGAGAAGCUUGCACUACAGUGCGAAGCGCCGGACGGCGGUGCCCCCAACCCCGUACCGAUGCUUCUCCUGCUCGCUGCGGGCACGCCAGGCAGAGACCGGCAAGCCGGAGGAGAAUACGCGAAUGACGCAUUUCGGAUUCGAGACCAUCCCCGAGUCACAGAAAGAGUCCAAAGUGGGCGCCGUGUUUAGUUCCGUCGCAAGGUCGUAUGACACGAUGAACGACCUCAUGUCCCUGGGCAUCCACCGUCUCUGGAAAGACCAUUUCGUCCGCUCGCUCAAUCCCGGCUCGCCGCUGCCCGCCCGGGAUGGCGACAAGUCGGGGAAAGGCUGGAACAUCCUUGACAUCGCGGGCGGAACGGGCGACAUCGCCUUUCGCAUGCUGGACCAUGCCACCAACAUCAACAACGACCGCGAGACCCGCGUGACGAUCGCCGAUAUCAAUCCGGACAUGCUGGCGGAGGGGAAGAAGCGGAGCCUCGACACGCCGUACUACAACACCGGCCGUCUGUCGUUCAUGCAGGCCAAUGCGGAGCACAUGCCGUCGAUCCCGGAUAACUCGGUCGACCUGUACACGGUGGCCUUUGGGAUCCGCAACUUCACCAACAAGCAGGCGGCCCUGGUGGAGGCGUUCCGGGUGUUGAAACCGGGCGGGGUCUUUGCGUGCCUGGAAUUCAGCAAGGUGAACAACCCGCUGUUCAACGAGGUGUACAAGCGAUGGAGUUUCGGCGCCAUCCCGCUGAUCGGCCAGAUUGUCGCUGCCGAUCGGGCCAGCUACCAGUACCUGGUGGAGAGUAUCGAGCGGUUUCCGAGUCAGGAAGAAUUCCGUGCCAUGAUCCAGGAGGCAGGGUUUAUCAUUCCGGGCAAGGGCUACGAGAACUUGUCUUGCGGCAUCGCUGCCAUCCAUAAGGGGGUGAAGCCGCUUACAAAGGCAUGA